AGCACCAUCCUAAACCCUGUUUACCCCAGAAACCUGAACUGUGGACAGACAGAAGAGGAGAGAGAGAGAGAAAAUUCAGACACAAUAAAACUCUGAGGAGAAAAAUAUGUGGAAGGAGGAGGCAGCAGCGGCCUGGGGAAGGGAUUGAAAAGUUUCCCCUGGCUUAACUUCUCCCCCCCUGCAGCAGCAGAAGCAGCGGCAGCAGCACAAGCUGACCAGGUAAACAGGUCAUGGCACGCUUAACGAAGAGGCGACAGGCAGACACAAAGGCUAUCCAGCAUCUUUGGGCAGCUAUAGAAAUAAUCCGGAACCAGAAGCAAAUUGCUAACAUUGACCGUAUUACAAAGUAUAUGUCUCGAGUCCAUGGUAUGCAUCCAAAAGAAACCACACGUCAGCUGAGUUUAGCAGUCAAGGAUGGUCUUAUUGUUGAAACCCUGACGGUGGGGUGUAAAGGGUCAAAAGCUGGUAUUGAACAAGAAGGAUAUUGGUUGCCAGGAGAUGAGAUUGCCUACGGUAUGCAGCCUUUUUCCCAGACAGCAGCAAAAAACAAGGACUGGGAAACAGAAAAUCAUGACUGGUAUUGUUUUGAAUGCCAUUUGCCUGGAGAGGUGUUGAUAUGUGACCUGUGUUUUCGUGUGUAUCAUUCCAAGUGUUUGUCUGAUGAGUUCAGGCUUAGAGACAGCAGUAGUCACUGGCAGUGCCCAGUUUGCAGGAGUAUCAAGAAGAAAAACACAAGCAAACAAGAGAUGAGCACAUACCUGCGAUUCAUAGUCUCUCGUAUGAAGGAACGGGCUAUAGAUCUAAACAAGAAAGGGAAGGACAACAAACACCCAAUGUAUAGAAGGCUGGUACACUCAGCUGUUGAUGUUCCCACUAUACAGGAGAAAGUAAAUGAAGGAAAGUACAGGAGUUAUGAGGAGUUCAAAGCAGAUGCUCAGCUACUUCUACACAACACAGUCAUUUUCUAUGGAGCGGACAGUGAGCAAGCUGACAUAGCAAGGAUGCUUUACAAAGACACAUGUCAUGAACUGGAUGAACUGCAGCUUUGCAAGAACUGUUUCUAUUUGUCAAAUGCACGACCUGACAAUUGGUUCUGCUAUCCUUGUAUACCUAAUCAUGAGUUGGUUUGGGCAAAAAUGAAAGGCUUUGGGUUUUGGCCAGCCAAAGUCAUGCAGAAAGAGGACAAUCAAGUUGAUGUUCGUUUUUUUGGCCAUCACCACCAAAGGGCCUGGAUCCCCUCAGAAAACAUUCAGGAUAUCACAGUUAACAUCCAUCGGCUGCACGUGAAGCGCAGCAUGGGGUGGAAGAAGGCCUGUGAUGAGCUGGAACUGCACCAGCGUUUUCUUCGUGAAGGGAGAUUCUGGAAAUCAAAGAAUGAGGAUAAAGGGGAAGAGGAGGCAGAGUCGAGUAUCUCUUCCACCAGCAAUGAGCAGCUGAAGGUUACUCAGGAACCACGAGCAAAGAAAGGACGACGUAACCAGAGCAUGGAACUCAAGAAAGAAGAGCCAGAACCUGAAACUGAAGCAGUAAGUUCAAGCCAGGAAAUUCCCACAAUGCCCCAGCCUAUUGAAAAAGUUUCAGUCUCAACUCAGACCAAGAAGUUAAGUGCCUCUUCUCCAAAAAUGCUGCAUCGGAGCACCCAGACCAGUAAUGAUGGAGUGUGUCAGAACAUGUGCCAUGACAAAUACACCAAAAUCUUUAAUGAUUUCAAGGACAGGAUGAAAGCUGAUCACAAAAGAGAAACUGAGCGAGUUGUGCGAGAGGCAGUGGAAAAGCUGCGUACAGAGAUGGAAGAAGAGAAAAGGCAGGCUGUAAAUAAAGCUGUGGCCAACGCACAAGGAGAGAUGGACAGAAAAUGUAAGCAGGUGAAGGAGAAGUGCAAAGAGGAAUUUUUAGAAGAAAUUAAGAAACUAGCAGGACAGCACAAGCAGCUGAUUUCCCAGACCAAGAAGAAGCAGUGGUGCUACAACUGUGAAGAAGAGGCCAUGUACCACUGCUGCUGGAACACUUCCUACUGCUCCAUCAAGUGUCAGCAGGAGCACUGGCAUGCUGAACACAAACGUACCUGCCGCAGAAAAAGAUGAAAGAGUUAUUCCUCCCCUGGAAAACCACCCCGAUGAUUGCUAUUCUCAGACACAGCGGUUUUUGUUUCCAA